UACUAAAAAUUUUCUUUAUAUUAAUAUUGAGCAAUAAUGUUCGCGUACUUCAAACAAGUAAUGGAAGAAAAACUCGCAAUUCUUCAACUCGAGACGGUACCGGCCGAAUCCGCUACAAGUAUGAAUAUUAGUAAGAAAUUUUUGGGAGUUCUACAAUUGUCGUUUGAAGUAAAGUACAUGGAUGAAGACACUAAACUUGCUAAAAAGAGAAAUAAAAUAAAAGCGUUACAGGAGAGGAUGAAUGUGUUAUAUCAUAAUGUCGAUGUUUUAAAGGACCAAAAUUUUGAUGAUCGUGUUGCUUUAGCGACAGCUUAUUACAACAUUGGCUUAGAAUAUGUUACAUCUACGGAUAUUGACGAUUUAGAAACUGCUCUACACUGUCUUUCAAGUUGUUUGGAACUGUUAAAAGGAAAAAUGUUUGACCGUAGAGCUAUAUUGACAUCUAUAGGUGCACUGAACGAAUUGCAUUCACUUUCUGAGAAAUUUGAGAAAAAGAAAGAUAAUGAAUUCUUGAAUACAGCAAUGUUAUUAUAUCACACGUACACAAAUAAGGAUAAUUAUCCUGAUCCCAUCCACGUAGCAAAUCUUGUUGGUAUUAAAGAAAAAGAAUCAAAUCCUAAAAUUAUCUUGAACAAUUUGCAUCAUACAACUUUACAGGACUUAGGACGUCAAUAUCUCACUAGGUCGCAAGAUAAGCGCGAAUUUGUAAUAUACACGCAUUUAUUAUUAAACGACCGACUGAUAGACUUGAUAUAUGGCCAUACAAAAUAUGACGACAAAUGUUUUGAUAUAGCUUUAACUUUAUUUGAUCUGUCUAGAUACUUUCUAGCAAACGAUCUGUUCACUGAAGCUAAAAGUCGCAUUGCUAUUGGAGAUUAUGUAAUAGAUAGAUUUGUUGAAAAUUUGUCGGCAGAGAAAAAAGCUUCUCUUAAUUUGAAUAAAAGUUUUAAUAAUGCCUUUGCCGUUAGUGCUAGAUCAUGGGGUUUCUAUGGAGUUUCUCUUUUACGUUUCUGGAUGAAAAAAUUUUCACAGAAUAGAGAAAAAUCUUCUGAAAUACAAGAUGAAAUGUCAAAAUUAGAGACAAAAUCUAAGGAGUCAAAUUUAAUGAUUUCUGACCUACUAGAAAAAAAAUUGGAACAUAUAACUAAGAUCACAGAAACAUGUAUAUUGAAUCUUGCUGAUGCCAAAUCGGUUUUCGUAAAAACUUUGAGAGAACUUGAAACAGCGAAGGAAUAUUUUACUGCAGACACUGACAUCGAAAAUUAUGCGAAGAUAACUCUUAAAAUUUCGGAUACAUGCAAAUAUUUAGCAGGUUUUGAAGAACAAAGAGAUAAGCAAAUAAAACUACAUAAACGGCGAGUAGAGUGUUUGGAGGAUGCUCGUAAAAAAUUUCGCACAACAAUUGAGAAUGAUAGAGAAUUACAAAUCUACAAACGCAUUUG